AUGGACCAACUCGCGCGCAGAUAUUUGUGUCUUGAACGCGCGGAGGAAACUCUAGAAUAUCUAGGACGCGAAAACUCCGAACUGGAUAGGCCGGUAUCGGUGGCAGAAUUCGAGUACGAGCUCGGGGCCAUGAAAAAGGGCACCGCGCCGGCGCCCGACACCAUCACGGUAAAACUCCUUUAUAACUUGGAAGAAGAAAUUCUUACGCCAAUUCUUGUCUUAAAUAUGUCGGUCCUGAGGGAGGUGCUGAAAGUUACUACUGCCGUCUUGAAAUCCGGAAGUCGCCAUCUGAAGGACGUUUCACAUACGACAAGGAGUUACAGUUCGCAGGCGCUGGAAAGCACGGAAUCAUCCCAACAACUGAGAGCUGCAUACAAAGACAACUUUCUGGCUCGGGCGUAUGUAGACACGUAUGGUUUUAGAACAGGAGAAGCGUCUACUUUCCAACUGGAAGAACUUCACCGCAUUUUUCGAUCAGGACUGACUCAGGGCGGGACACUGGUGGAAGUGGGCAGCGGUCCUUUGGUCUGGUGUUCGCUCGUAGCCUCCAGUCGAUUCGAACGCAUCGUGCUCAGCGACUUGGUCGAAGGAAAUAGGCUCGAAAUCGAAAAGUGGCUCAACAAGGAUCAAGGUGCCGUCGACUGGACCAUCCGAGCCGAGCAAGUUGCUGCCUUGGAGGGCUAUAGCAACAUCAAGGAAGGUGCGUUAGAAAUACAGGAACGUGCACGGUCCUCCAUCCGCAAAGUGGUUCCCUGCGACGUCCUGGAACCCGGAGUGCUGCCCGAGGAACACAGAGAAACCUUCGACGUCGUUCUUUCCUGCAGCUGCCUGGAAUCGGCCACGACGGACCACGAGUCAUUCCGAAGAGCGGUUUGCAACGUGGGGACACUCGCCAAACCCGGCGGUCGGCUUGUUUUGGUGGGCGUGGGUGGUUCAAAAAGGUAUCCUGUGGGAACCGCCGCCUUUGUUCAGGCCAACGUCACCGAAAAUGUGGUGAAACAAGCCGUGGCAGAUGCCGGCUUUCAGAUGGAAGAAUACCAUACCAAGAGCCUUAAACUCCUUUUAGGAUCGCCCGGAGCCUUCACCUUUGUCUUGAUGGCCCGUAAACUUUGA